AUGGCGACUCGAGCCCUCACCACGCCCGAUUUGCAGAACUACCACUCGACUGCCAGCGCGCCGAGACUGAGGAGCAGGGAACCGGUCGACGUCAUGGAGAGACCGUUUACGCCGCCGGAUGCGGAUGCAGGAAAUGUCAAGGUGGUUGUGAGAGUGCGGAAGUUCAUCAAGAGAGAUUUGGAGAAGCAUUCGCCGUGCAUCAUUCGCAUGAACCCGAACACGCAGGAGACGACCAUUCUGCCGCCUGAGAUUGCUUCCGAGGACGUCAAAACGUCGCGAAAGGUGUAUGAAGAGAGGAAAUUCACAUUCGACAAGUCAUUCUGGUCGCAUGAAGAGACGGACGGCCAUUACGCUGGUCAACAAGAUGUUUACGCUUCGUUUGGAGAGGAGUUCUUGGAUCACAACUUCGAUGGAUACCACACAUGUAUCUUCGCAUACGGACAGACUGGAAGUGGCAAGUCGUACACGAUGAUGGGCACCCUCGACGAACCUGGCUUGAUUCCAAGGACGUGUCGGGGACUCUUCGAGAGGAUCGAGUCGGAGCAGAACAGCAGUAUAACGUACGGUGUUCAUGUUUCGUAUUUCGAGAUCUACAACGAACACGUCAAGGAUUUGCUUGGCCCUCGUACGAACCCGCCGACAUACCUCAAGAUCCGGGAGAGCAAGAGUGAUGGUGUGUACGUGCAGAACCUCACGGACGAGCCGGUCAUGAGCUACGAGGACAUCGAGCGAUUGAUGAAGGUCGGCGAUAUGAAUCGCACCACUGCGAGCACCAAGAUGAACGAUACUUCUUCUCGAUCCCACGCUGUCUUCACCCUCACCCUCAAGCAGAUUCAACACGACAUCGCCACGGACAGCACGAUCGAACGUCUUGCUCGUAUGCGUUUGGUCGAUCUCGCAGGCUCUGAGCGUGCCAACAGAACAGAAGCGACAGGCCAGCGGUUACGAGAGGGAGGCAACAUCAAUCAAUCUCUCACAACCCUCGGCCGUGUCAUCGCCGCCCUCGCAGAUCCCAAACGCCAACGAGCGUCACGAAUGACAGGCCUUCAGAACCAAACCAAGCGUCGAGCAGAAGUCGUACCCUACCGAGACUCAGUCCUGACCUGGCUCCUCAAGGACUCCCUCGGGGGCAACUCCAAGACCGCCAUGGUAGCCUGCAUCUCCCCCACCGACUACGAAGAAACCCUCUCCACCCUCCGCUACGCCGACCAAGCCAAACGCAUCCGCACCAAAGCCCACGUCAACCAAGACGCCGUCUCCGCCGCCGAACGCGACGCCAAGAUCAUCGAAAUGCAAGAAACCAUCAAAUCCCUCCAGCUCUCCGUCAACGCCGCCGCCGUCCGCAAGCGCGACGAAGCCGACCGCGCCCGCGACGAACUCGAAGACUACCAACGCCAGGUCAGCAAAAUGCAGCGCGCCAUGGAGGAAUCCCGUGCCGUCAGCGACGUCAAGAUCCGCGCCCUCUCGCAAGAGGUCGACGAGCUUCGACCCCAGAACGAAGCCCUCCGGGUCGAAGUCGAGGCCCUCCGACGACAUCUCUCCCUCGCGGUGGGCGAGCUCAAGAAUCCCAUCGUCUUGCCUGAGGGGUUCAGUGUGCAUGAUGACGAGGAUGAGGAGAAUCGUUCCGUCAGCGAUGGCGCCUAUGAUAGCAGCGUGGGCGAUGAGGUCGAGGGGGAUUUCGAGCAUGAUGCUUGGCAGGCGGAUGUGGAUGAGUUGUUGAAGGAUUUGGGGUUGUUUAAGCGCAAGGUGGCGGAUGAUAAGACGAGGUUCCCGCAUCUGCAUGGAGCUGUAGGGAGGAAUGUGUUGGGGGAGAUAAGUGGGAAUUGA